GCGUCAUUGCGUCACCGUCCGCCAUUUUAGCAAACGGGUCGGGGUGUCUGUGUUUGCCGUUGUUUCGGGGUCUUUAUCAAAAAUAGUUACACUAAUCCAUACAGGUCGUUGCUCCGGAGUACCAUAGACCAAAAAUGCAGGCAGAACACGAACAGACUGAAUUCAGCACGGAUGAGAUUCCAGAGGGAUCCAAAAUAAACGCAAGCAAGAAUCAGCAGGAUGAUGGGAAAAUGUUUAUCGGUGGUCUGAGCUGGGACACCAGCAAGCAAGACCUGAAAGACUACCUGUCGAAGUUUGGAGAGGUGUUGGAUUGUACCAUCAAAACAGACCCAAUGACCGGCCGAUCCAGAGGUUUUGGCUUUGUGCUCUUCAAAGAUGCAGAGAGUGUCGACAGAGUUCUGGAGCUGAAGGAGCACAAACUGGAUGGGAAACUGAUUGAUCCAAAGCGAGCCAAAGCCAUGAAGGGGAAAGAGCCUCCUAAAAAAGUCUUUGUUGGAGGUCUUCGUCCAGAAACCUCAGAGGAACAAAUUCGGGAAUAUUUUGGAUCUUUUGGAGAUAUUGAAAAUAUUGAACUCCCCGUGGACAGCAACACGAACGAGAGGCGAGGGUUCUGCUUUGUAACAUAUGUGGAUGAAGAACCUGUUAAGAAGCUUUUGGAAAAUAGAUACCACAAUGUGGGAGCAGGAAAGUGUGAAAUUAAAGUUGCCCAGCCCAAAGAGGUCUACAGACAGCAGCAGAACAGAAGUGACCGGGGAGGGAGAGGAGGAUUCAGAGGUCGUGGAAGAGGAGGACCAAGUCAGGGCUACAACCAAGGCUAUGGCGGCUACUAUGGACAGAACUAUGGAGGCUACGGCAAUGGCUACAGCCAGGGUUAUAAUGAUUACUCUGGGUAUGACUAUUCGGGCUACAACUACCAAAAUUAUGGAUAUGGACAAGGCUAUGAUGAUUACAAUGGUCAACAGAGCAACUAUGGCAAGGUCUCCCGGGAGGGUGGAAAUCAUCAGAACAACUACCAGCCAUAUUGAUGAAAUGGCUUGACCUGCCAGAAUUUAUGUGGGGACUUCAUUGCAGGCCGUGUGUCACCUGACCACGAAAUUCUCUGGGCGUCGCACAUAGCGGGCAGAGAGCACGGCAUGCACGAGAAAACGCUGUCCUGUGGUAUGGUCUCUUCAAAUUUCCUGUACCAGCGUUAAAGAGCAAACGUUAAGCAGGAGAUCUCUCGUUUUCCCUUAAGUUAUCAGGGUUUUGUUUAACAGUUUUAAAAUGAAUUUUUUACAGGUAUUUAACAGUGAACCCUAAAGUGUUUAACCUUGCUGUUUGUAUUCUCCUUUUUAUUUUAGUGUUCUUGUAUUUCAGUUCUGGAGCUUCAGUGUUUUUGUUUGGUUUGUUUUUUUUCCUUUUGUUUGUCUAAAAUGGUUCCCACCUCAUAAAUUGCAUAAAACUCAUAAUGCUUGCUUUUUCUUUAGAGUCCAUAGAGAACUUCAAAUGGUACACCUCAGUCCUUUUCCUUAAGAUAUAGAUGAUAAAGAUCAUAUGUAAACAAUUUUUAUGAAGCCAUAAAAAGCUAACAUGCAAGCUGUCAUCAUGGUGUCACUUACUGUUUGGAAAUUACCUUAAAUUUGAUGAGACACUUAUAAGGGUCUGCUCCUUUUUGGUGAGAUUGUCCACCAGCUCAGCGGAGCUAAAGGUUUCGCUGCCUAUAGACACGCUUUCAGUAACAUUAAGUUGUACAUAUGAUCUUUAGUCUUGAAUGGUGAUCUUAAUAGCUUAAAGUCAACAGCUCACGAAGUUAAACUGAAACAUGGAGGUGGUCUUUUUCAGUGACAUUCUAGCCCUGUAAAAAAUAGUUAAUGUCUCAUCUCGUCUCUUUUAGGUGGGCAGACUGAGCGUUCGUACCCUGGAGGCAGCUCAUGGAUACCCUGUUCUUCUUAAUCAAAGAGCGUCUUGAUUUUAAAGUUUUUUUUUUUGUUUGUUUGUUUCAUUGUCCUCUGAUGAAGACAUUCACAGUCAGACCUUGUAAAUAUUGUUUCCAAGUUUCUUAUCCUGUGCUUUGUUAAAGUAGAUCCUGAAAGUUUUGUGCUGAUGUGUACUUAGAACCUGAUUUGGAAAGUGUCCUUUUUGUCUUAAUUUUUUUCAGUUUUGGAUAAAUGGAAAUUAAAAAUAAAAUUGGGGUACAAAACCA